UAUCAGCAGAAGACAUGGAAUUGCUGGGACAGAAUUAUUGUGCCUGGUUUUAAUUCCAAAGGAGAAGUUGUUACCUUGAGAGACAUCUGUGAUCAUAUCCAGAGGGAGCAUGACCUUGUGCCUCAGCAGUUGCUAUUUGGGACAGCCACUCUCUAUGAUAAGGAAGAUGAAAUCAAAGAGCAACAGCCUCCUUUCAGCCUGACGGAAUUGAUUCGUAAAAUCACUGGAAAGCCAAUCCCCAAGGAGUGCCGUCUCUUGAUAUUGUCCAUGGUCUGUGAAAACGAAGAACUUGAUGAUGAAUUACCACCUGUUCAUGUCAUGCUUCAAACCAACCAGUAGUCAGAAAUAAAUUACUUGUGCAACAGAUCAGAAAGGAAGCAAUCUCAUUCAAUCAGACAGAAGCAGUGACAGUGGCUGGUCUAAACACAAAUUAAAUGUGCUUUGGUGAAGGGAUGAAGUGAUGUGCCCUCUCCAGUGUACCAGCUUAAAUUUGCCUGCAGGAGUUAUCCUACCCCUGAGGGCCAUGAACAGAUCAUUUGUUGGAAAUGAAUAUGAAGUGCAUCUUACAGAACUUCUUUUGUCGUACCCUGA